CACAGUGUGAUAGUUUUAUCUGAUGAGAUUUAUGGCUGCUUGAAUUUCUCGGGAAACCACUGCUCGCUGGCCAAGUUUUACCCAGAAGGCACAAUACUGAGCUCAGGGCUUUCAAAAUGGGCAAGCGCUGGAGGGUGGCGUCUAGGUUAUCACAUCUACCCACCAGUGUUAAGAUCUUUAUUAGAUGCUGUUAAAAGUGCUGCAAGCCAUACCUAUUCAUGUGCAUCUGCACCCAUACAAUAUGCUGCUGUUUCUUAUUUGAGAGUCAAUGAUGAGACAAAAGCUUAUAUUUCCCAUCUACGCCGCAUUUUGGCAGCUGUAGGAAGCUACUGUCAUCAUCACCUUACAGAAGUUGGUGUCAAGGCUGUAAAACCAAGUGGCGGGUUCUACAUGUUCCCUGAUUUUGAGGUAGUCAGAUGUGCCUUGGCCAAGCGUGGAAUAACCACUGCUCAGCAGAUGUGUGACACAGUUUUUGAGGAGGUGGCUGUUGCACUAAUGCCUGGAGGUCCGUCCUUUCUUAGACCAGUAGAAGAGCUGACUGUGCGGUUAUGUUUUGUCAACUUUGACGGAAGUGUUGCAUUAAAGGCCAGUGAGGCCUGUGGUCUUAAAAAGCCACUUCCAGAUGAUUUUGUGGAGAAAUAUUGUGAGCUCACAGCAAGUGGAAUACAAGCACUGAAAAACUGGGUGCUUUGCCAGAAGUCCAGUGUGUCUCACAGUUAG